GCCUCUCCCACUCAUCACUGCUGCAGUGUCUCAGUGCCUCAGUCUCUGACCUUCCACAGGGACCAUGCAAGCAUUUGUUCCCAGGUUAUAUCUGACCCCGGUCAGGGAUGAAGAAGCAGAGUCUCAGAGGAAAGCAAGGUCUCGUCAUGCCAGGCAGACCCGUAGGUCAACACAGGGUGUGACUCUGACAGACCUGAAAGAGGCUCAGAAGACCAACAGCCUGUCUCCUCAAGACAGGCAGACGGAGGAAGGAGGCACUCUGGAUGAAAGGUCCUGUCUGAGGAAAGGCUUGACAGAUGACAGGAGAGUCAAAAUCGGGCGGACAGAGUCCACGGAAACAAUGGAGAUCAGUCCAAAAUGGAGCAAAAUGGACGAGCAGGGGAACAUUGAACACAGGUUAGAAACCCUCGCUGAGUCUCCGAUACCAAACCUUUCAUAUUCGUCUAUUGCUGGAUCCUGUGGCCUGUCUUACUGCAACAACUCCUUCAGAGUUGGUGAGAGAUGGUGGAGAGAUGAAAAUCAGAACCCUGUUGAAGAUGCAGCACAGCUGGUCUUUGCUACAAAGCAGCAACAGAGACGACACUGCUGUGAUGUCGAAGGUUCAGACUACAACUUUGCGGAGCAUGACAGAUUGGCAAGAUAUGACUCCAGUGGGGAGAGUGCAACUGACAAGCCAUUGGGCCGCACCAGCUCUUACACACGGAGGGAGACGAGGCUGGCCGCUCUGAAUAGACAGGAGGAAGACUCCACUACCAAAGACUAUAAGAAGAUGUAUACAGAAGCUUUGCAUGAGAAUGAGAGGCUCAAGUCCAGGUUGCAGGACAGCAAACAAGAACUGGUUAAGAUACGUUCCCAGCUGGAGAAAGUCAAUCAGAGGCACGACAGAAUGUCAGAGAGAUCUACAGUACUUGAUUCAGAGAAAAGGGAAAAACAGGCUCUUGAGAAAAGAGUGUCUAACAUGGAGGAUGAGUUAAAGAUCUUAACAGAGCUCAAGUCAGACAACCAGAGGCUAAAGGAUGAGAAUGGGGCUCUCAUUCGAGUCAUCAGCAAACUGUCCAAAUGAAAAGAUGUCUGAAGCUCCUGUUCUGUGUCUGCGGAUGCUCCAACCCUGAUAUGGCAGAUUAAUUAUCCACGAUGUCCCAAGUUGUGACUCCUCUCUGAGUUAUGGUGAUGGGCUGUUUUGGCUGCUUUGCAGAAAUAAAUUCCUGUUGGAACUUGUGAAGAUCUAAAGAGAAGUGUUAAGAAAUUUCAGUCGAAUUUCACUGUGUGUGAUGAUGUAGUUACAACAAUUGUUUCUACUUGAUUAGUUAUUAUUAUUUUGUAAUAUCCUGGAUUUCACAUCACACCAAAUAUGGACCAUGUGUAAUGUUUGAAUAACCUUUCAAUCUGAAUAUAUGACUGUACAGGUAAAAUGAGGCCCAGCCAAGAGGACAAACAGGCGCUCCAGUGCCAGAAGCAAAAACUAGAUUUUAAUAUGAAUCCACCAAGACAUCAAAACGUAGCAACAAUCAUUGAAGCAGCUCUUCUAAUGGUAACUAGAUGUUUGCUCCAGACUAAGUAUGUAUUGAAAUGAAGGAGAAAAUCUCCAGCUUCUCUCAUACAUUUAACAUAAGAUGUUAGGAAACAGCUGAUUUCCCAAAUAAUUUAGAAAAUUUUUACUCCCUGAUAAUGAUAUUAAGGCCUAGGGUUAAUAAUAAUAAGACAUACGUUUUGGGUUGUGUUUGCCUUGACAACUUUCUCAGGUUAGUCACUCAGCUGUGCCUGGUCACCCCCCUCAGUGCCUCUUAAAUUUGAAUUUUAUAACUCCAAGUUUUGUAAACUCUUGACCCAAAACCUGCAUUACAACAGCCAACCUGCAAACCAUUUCUAACUGGUUAGAUAAAUUUUUUUGUGACAUUUCAGUCAAAUCUCUAUCAUUUCGAAAAUUCCAUUUUUAUUUAACUAACAUAUGAUAAUGCCCCCACUGUAGUCGGUAUUUGAAGAGGACCAUAUGCUAGCCCUGAAAGGCAGCGUACUGGGUAUAUGCACUUUGUACAGAGUGGCUGAUCUUUGAUCACUUGGGCAUCACUAGCAGCACGUAAUGUAAUUUAGUGUUUGCCAGAUUCUGUUCAUCAGUUCUUUGUGUGGUUACAGUAGCCAUUCUUCAUUUUUGGUUUUGCCUGUCCGUCACUGAGGAUUUUUCUAUCCAAUGGCUAAGCUUCAAAACAGCAGAAUGGCUACACAGAGGUGACACUCUUGAGUGUGUGUGAAAGAAAGUGUCCUAUGUUUUGUAAUUGAGAUAUAUUUAUUUAUUUAUGCAUUUCUUAGUUUUAAUCUUUAUACUUUGUUAUUUUCUUUGAAGGGAAUAUACCGAUUCCUUUGGUCGACCUCUUUCUGUUAGGUGAGGAAAACACAAAUGCCAAAAUCAUCCACUGGUAGACGUGCUAUAAAUCACUGCUGACAUUUUAGCCUCCACAAUGUUGUGUGAUCUUAAAUAUCAAGUACAAUCCAAAGUUUUGAGGAAUAAAUUGUUGCUAGCACUUUUCAUUAUAUAAGGUGUAGAUUACAUAUAUUUUAGCUUAACUGUGUUGUGCAUACUGUCACAAUAAAUUAAGUUAGAUUAAUUAGUGCCUAAGUACACUGAGUUGCCACUUUAUUAGGUACACCUAGCUACAUCUGAUGCAAUCCAAUACUACAGCCCUGCAACAAAUACUAACUUUAUGAAGCUCAUCAGCUUUUGUUCUGGUAAUUUUGGAGGCCAUAUUUACUGGUGCUACUGCAUUGUGUUGCAUUGUAUUGAACCACACAGUCUACUUAACAUGAGAAAUUUAAAUAAAACCAUGAAAGGCUGCUGUGCUUUGUAAUGAUCCUUCAUGAAGUUCAUGGAGUGCCAUCACAUUCAAUAUGUCAUCAAAAGUCAUCCCUAGUUCAAAACAGUGUGUUAUUUAUGUAUCUCAUCAUAUUUAAUGUAUGAAACUGCCAGACUCAGCUACACAUUUGCAUUAAAAUUGUAGAGUUGCAACAAGUGAUGAAUGGUGCACCAGAGACAUGAAUGAUUUUGGUAUCUGUCUUCCCUUCACUUAGUGGGUGAGUUGACCAAAGUUCCCAAGUUGUUUGAUGUAUUCCUUUAACAAUGUAAUGGUUUUGGAGUCCAACCAGGGCAGCAGUGUUGUCUUUGGUCACAUCCAGUAAAGUGUUUUACUCAAAACUACAAAUAAGAUACAGUACUUGUCAGCUAUUUCUACAUGUGCUGUAGGUAUAUUGAACUAUGUAGUAUAUUGUAUUGAAAACUUUUAAAUGUGUUGAUGAUAGCUUAAUAUACACAAAUCGGUUUACUCACUUUGCUUAAUAAACUGUAAAGGAAUCAAAAAUGAUUCUCUGCGUAACAAUAAUGUAUUAUGCAUCAGAGGCAGAGAGAGUAUUAGGAGCCUGCUGAGCUGAACACAAUGCAUAUUAAACACAAACAAAUCAUGGUAAUUAAAAGGCCUUUAUUUCCUAUUUGUUUUUUUACAGAACUGGUAACACAUAUGAUAAAUUUGUAAUAAGUUAUUUGGUUCCCUUGAUGACUUUAUAAGGAUCCCCGAACGUUUGUCCACACAAGGGUCAAGAGGAGUUUGUGAGCAACGUUUGUGUCCAGUCAAGGGCUAAAGCAUGCGAUCCACAGUAGGCACAAGUACUGACAUGAACACGCGCACCACAACACUAGACACGUAGAAACACAGCUAGAGGACACAACCUGACUGUCCUCCGACGCUUUAAAAGAUGAUGAAGAAGCGAAAGAGGUGAAAAAAGAAGAAGAAAAGUCUCGAGAAUACAGUUGCAUCAGGGAUGAGAGGUGGAGGACUAAGCGCUCAAGAGGGGAGUUUGGUACGGUCCUGCAUGUUUGGCAGUAUACAGUAUGUCCAUGUUGUAAACAUGAAGGCCGGUAUUCUUUUCGCUCAGCAAAAGCAGAUUCAAUGGAGAAAUCAAUGAGCCUGCUUCCUAUUCAGCAUAAUGAUACUGAUGGUACAUAGCUGGUUACACAUAAACAGGACAAAGACACAAAAAAAGCAAAUGUGAUCCUGGCAUCGAUUCAAAUACAGUCCUACAUUCUACAUUAGAAGUAUACCCCACGAAAACAAAAAAGACAGGAGUGAUUACACAUAUGCACAAGAAUACAAAGAAGAAAUACAGCGAGUAAUAGAGGAGACAAGACAACAUGUUUCAAAGUGGUGUCAACACAUUUUGACAAGGUGGUAAAUGAUCUAUUGAACUUUGGAUGGUUUCCCUUUUUAAAUCCCAGCGUUUGUUCAAAAAGAAAAAAAGAAAACA